AUGGCAGCGACACACCUUAGUGGUGGGGACAGCGCACCAAGUACUAAAGUCCAGUGGACAACUCCGGCCCAGCCUGGUGAGAUCACCAUUGAUCCAGCAGAGGUGACAACUAGCCGCAUUAAAAUCACCUGGACAGCACCUGCCACAGGUGGUACUGAGACCUACCGAGUCAGCAUCUCACCUGAGCAUGGCGGCAACACACCUGCAAGUGUCUCUAGCAGCACACUGGAGCACACCUUCAACGGUCUGACAGCAGGAACUGAGUACAACAUCAGGGUUGUAGCUGUCAGUAGUGGUGGGGACAGUGUGGAAAGGACUAAAGUCCAGUGGACAACUCCAGCCCAGCCUGGUGAGAUCACCAUAGGUGCAGUGACAGUAAGCAGUAUCCCAAUCACCUGGGCAGCACCUGCCACAGGUGGUACUGAGACUUACCGAGUCAGCAUCUCACCUGAGCAUGGUGGCAACACACCUGCAAGUGUCUCUAGCAGCACACUGGAGCACACCUUCAACGGUCUGACAGCAGGAACUGAGUACAACAUCAGGGUUGUAGCUGUCAGUAGUGGUGGGGACAGCGCACCAAGUACUAAAGUCCAGUGGACAAUUGCUGCCCAACCUGGAGAUAUCACCAUAACUGAGGUGACAGUGAACAGCGUGAAGGCUGCCUGGGUAGCUUCAGCAGGAAAUGUGCAGCGCUACACUGUCAGCAUCUCCCCCACAACUGAUGUACCCAACCCAAGUCAAGACAUCACCAACUUAAAUGCACUGGAGCACACCUUCACUGGUCUGACAGCAGGAACCCUGUACACCAUCAGUGUGAUUGCUAAGAGUGGUGGAACUGACAGUACAGAUAGUACAAAGCAACAGAGGACCAGGCCUAGUCCUCCUGGUGACAUCAACCAGCCAACAGAUGAUAUGGUCACCACAACAAACAUCACAGUAACCUGGGGUCCCUCACCCGGGGGCGAGUUCUCUGGCUAUGAAGUCAUCUUCACACUAGUAGAAGGUGGUGUAGUUCUUACCACUGUGGAAGUGGACAGUGGAACUACCACAGCCUCUGAACCUUCUGCCCUGUCUCCUGGUCAGCUGUAUCUCAUCGAAGUCUAUGCUGUGAGUGGGACUGGUAACAACAGAAUGGAAAGCGACAGAAAAAACAUUACAACCCCAAUGCUCCUCAGGACUUUGCUGUAA